AUGCCUCCUGCCGUGACAGACAGCCUUGACAUCUGGGCAGUGGAUUCGCAGAUUGGCGCUGAUGGCUCAAUAUCUGUGGACUUCCUGCUGCCCACUGGAAUCUAUAUCAACCUGGAUGUCCCUCGAGAUGCCACCAUAUCUCAGAUUAAACAGCUGUUAUGGAAGCAGGCACAUGCCUAUCCACUUUUUCAUCUCCUCAUGGAGAUUGACUCUUACAUGUUCUCCUGUGUGAAUCAAACUGCUGUACAUGAAGAAUUAGAGGAUGAAACACGGAGACUUUGUGAUGUUAGACCCUUUCUUCCUGUCCUGAAACUAGUGACAAGGAAUUGUGAUCCAGGAGAAAAGUUGGAUUCCAAAAUAGGUGUACUUAUAGGCAAAGGUCUCCACGAGUUUGAUGCCUUGCAAGAUCCUGAAGUGCAUGACUUCCGAGCUAAAAUGCGGAGAAUCAGUGAAGAAAAGAUUCAGUCGCUUGUGGGUCUCUCCUGGAUGGACUGGUUAAAACACACUUACCCACCAGAACAGGAACCUGUUGUCCCAGAGAGCUUCCAAGAUAAGCUCUAUAGUGGAAAUCUUGUAGUGGCUGUUCAUUUUGAUAACUGCCAGGAUGUAUUUAGUUUUCAGGUGUCUCCUAACAUGAAUCCCAUCAAGCUGAAUGAGCUGGCAAUCCGAAAACGUUUGACUAUCCAUGGAAAAGAAGAUGAGGAAGUUGAUCCUGCUGACUAUGUGCUGCAAGUUAGUGGAAGGCUUGAAUAUGUUUUUGGUGAUCACCCUUUAAUUCAGUUUCAGUAUAUACGCAACUGUGUGAUGAACAGAACUCUUCCUCAGCUGACUCUGGUUGAGUGUUGCACCAUAAAGAAGAUGUGUGAGCAGGAGAUGAUUGCCAUAGAAGCUGCCAUAAACCGAAAAUCAUCCAACCUUCCUCUUCCUCUGCCACCAAAAAAAACAAGAACAACCACUAGCGUAUGGGAUAUUUCCAACCCUUUCAAGAUUAUUCUGUUAAAGGGUAAUAAACUAAAUACAGAAGAAAAUGCCAAAGUUCAUGUUAGGGCUGGUCUUUUCCAUGGUACAGAGCUCCUUUGUAAAACUCUUGUAAGCACAGAAAUAUCUGGGAGAAGUGACCAUGUUUGGAAUGAAGUACUGGAGUUUGAAAUUAAUGUCUGUGAUCUACCAAGAAUGGCAAGGCUCUGCUUUGCAGUUUAUGCUGUGAUGGAUAAGAUGAAAACUAAGAAGUCAACCAAGGCGAUGAAUCCUUCUAAGUACCAAACCAUAAGGAAAGCAGGGAAAGUG